AGCGGCGGAGCGGGGCGCGGAGAUCGGAGCGGGAUGGCAGCCCUGGAGAAUGCCUCUCUCCAAGCCUGCAGCCUCUCGGAGCAGGAAGAGGAAGAAGAUGCUCUCUGGGAGAAGAUAGAGAGCGCACGGCACCAGCUGACCCGCUCCCUGAACCCUGCAAAACUCACCCCGUACCUGCGCCAAUGCCGUGUGAUAGAUGAGCAGGAUGAAGAGGAGGUGCUCAAUUCAUGCCGAUUCCCUUGCAAAAGCAACCAGACAGGCUACCUGAUGGACAUCCUUCGGCGCCGGGGGAAGCGAGGCUAUGAAGCCUUCCUGGAGUCUUUGGAGUUUUACUACCCAGAGCACUACACACGACUAACAGGGAGGGAACCGGCCCAGCGCUGCUCCAUGAUCCUGGAUGAAGAAGGCCCCGAGGGGCUAAUGCAGUUCUUGCUGGUGGAAGUGAAGAAGAUGAGGGUUCAGAGGAAAGAGCACCUGCUGAAGGAACAUCAGCUCCAGGCAAAGAACCAAACCCUGGAGCAAGAGCAAGCCCGGCUGGAGCAGCGACUGCAGGAGCUCCUGAAGGUGCAAGAGCGUUGCCAGCGACUGCGGGAGGAGUGGGACUCCAACAGUGUGGAGCUGCUGAGGCUGAAGGAUGAGAAUUACAUGAUGGCCAUGCGCUAUGCGCAGCUCUGUGAGGAAAAGAACAUGGCUGUGCUGCGGAGCCGUGACCUGCAACUGCUGGUGGACCAGCUGAAGUGCAAAGUCACCAGCCUGGAGGAGGAGUGCAGCCUGCUGAGGAAGCAAGCGACUACCAUGCCCCAACGGGAUGCAGAGGAGCGAAGCCACCCUGACGCUAUGUCUGAACUGUGGGCUGAGAAUCAGCGGCUGACGGCAUCACUGCAGGAGCUGCAGGGCAUGCUGCAGACUCCAGGCGAGGUCCCAGUGCCAGGCUCUGAGCAGAUCUUGCUGGACAUCCUGGAGCACGACUGGAAGGAAGCCCAAGAUGACCGACAGGACCUCUGCCAGAAACUCAACUCCCUGCAGAGUGAGCUGCAGUGGGCUGAGGAGCUGAGGGAUAAGUACCUACAGGAGGUGGAAGACCUGCAGCUGAAAUAUCGAACGCUGCAAAAGGACUGCGAUCUCUACAAGCACCGCAUGAACACAGUACUGCUGCAGCUGGAGGAGAUUGAGAAGGAGCGGGACCAGGUGAAGUGCUCUCUGCCUGCCAGCAGAAUCAGGGCUUUUGGCUUUGCUCUGGGUACCUCUCCUUCCCCAGCUAUCCAGAGCCGAGAUGGGGUGCAGCUGCAAUACUCCCAGAGCCUGAUUGAGAAGGAUCAGUACCGCAAACGUGUGCGGGCCCUGGAGGAGGAGAGGGAUGAGCUGCUGAGCAAGCUGAGCCGGGUGGAAGGGCUAAACAGCACGCUGGAAGCACAGCUGCAGCGGUGCCGGGGCAACCGCAGCCUGGGCAAGAUGUGCAGCUCUUCCUACUCCCUCUGCUCCAACCUCAGCAGCACAUGGAGCCUUGUGGACAAGCCUUCUGACCUAACAAGUGGACUCACUGACCCGCUGGAUGUUUCUGCCAUCACCUUCCCGGGGGACUCUGCCAUUCAGAGCAUGGAGGGGACUCCUGACAGCGAGAAGGACAUCAACCGCCUCUCUACCUUCCCCUUCCCUCCUUGCAUUGGCUCCAUCCUUCGGCGGCAGCGCGAAGAUAGGUGCAUACCCUACAAAAGCUUGUCCUGUGGCUCCUUUAGCAACAUGGAAGAUACAACAGGCAGUGGUUUUGUUAGCAUCCCACCUGGGGCCUUCUCCUCCUCUUCCAGCAGUACCUACACCAGAGUGAAGUCAGAGACCUGCUUGUCUAUGCUUACCAGCCACCAAGAGAUCUCCAGGAGGUCACUGGUGGUGCAGCUCACGAGCAUGGGUCACCCCAGCAGCCUGUCGCCCCAUGAGAAGAGGCUGGGAGCAGACAUCUCCAUCCUUGGAGGGAACAAGACGGGGAUUUAUGUCCAGUGGGUCAAGCCAGGCUCAGAAGUUGAGAGCACAGGACUCAGGGAAGGGUGCCGGCUCAUUGAGCUGAGGGUCCCAUCACUGAAGGAAGAGGUGCUUUCCCUGGAGAACUGUACACGUGAGGUUGCUUACCUGAGCCUGCUGCAUUGGGAUGAGCCCUCCAGCCUUGUCUUCCAGCUAGACCUGCAAGGGUACCAGCCUCUGCAGGAAGCCCUGGAAGAAGGGAAGAAGUUUUCUGGAGACUCCUUCUACAUCCGUACCAACCUGUCCCUCCUGGAGCCAUCAGACCCUUAUGCACUAUGUGUCAAAUGUCGGGAGAUCCUCCACGUCACAGACACCAUGUACAAGGGCCGGCUGGAGUGGUACUGUUCCCGUGUUGAUCCCUUGACCAUGCGGGACUUGGACAAGGGGACGGUGCCCAACUACAGCAGGGCACACCAGCUUUUGAAGAUCCAGGAGAAGGUCCACAUACCUGGGCAGCAGAAGGGCCACAGAAGUAACCUAAAGAAACGGGCCUUGGACCAACUGCGCUUGGUGAAAUCCAAACAGCAGAAGAACUCAGAACAGCCCUGUCAGCAGCUGUGGCUGGACCCCUGCUCAGACCCAGACAGGAGACUGAAGCCUUACAGCCUGGUGCACCCUGUGGUGGUCAAGACACCCCGUCCCGUGGUGCUGUCACCCAGCUGCAUCGCAUCACGGCUCAUCAGGAACCUGCUGGACUUGCCCACCUCUCGCCUGAACUUCCACGUGUGCCCAGCAGAGAAGCUGACAGAAGGGAACCCCAGUGCUGCCCAUGUGCAGGAGCCCCCUGUGUCUAGAAAUGCCCCCCAGGAUCGAAGGGAGAACAGUCAAGUCUGCACGAUCCAGGAAGCAACGGAGAAGAAUAAACACUGCCUGCUGGAGCUGGGAGUUCAGAGUGUGAGGGAUCUAAUUAAACGUGAGAUAUACCCCAUUGUUAUCCACGUUGAGGUCACUGAGAAGAACAUCAGGGGGCUCAGGAGCUUGCUGGGGCAGCCAGGCCAACGAGACGCAGAGGUGCUGAAGGCAUGCCGUGGUGCUGAGAGGGCUCUCCAUGCCCUGCCCUGCUCCUGGGCCCGCGUGGAACCCCAUGCCUGGAGCCACGCAGAAGAACUGCCCAAGGUGGUACGGGGCUGCAUCUUCCAGGAGCAAAACCGCCCGCUGUGGGUUGAGGAUGGUGAUGACUGAAUCAGGAGGUACAGAGCCUUCCCCAGGAGUUGUCCUUCAUGUAGCAUGUCCUCUCUCUCCAAGGGGAAGCCAGCAGUAAUGGGACCAAGUAGCAUUUAAGGUCCACUUGAAGCUAUGAAGAGUUGGGGACGUAAUGAAUGCUGACCCACGCGCCUGAGCUUUCCAUAUUUGAUUGGAGAGAAGUCUUCCACCUUCUUGCUGGACAUCUCAUGGACUGUUCCCCAUCACCUUGAGCCUUUGGCUCUGGUACAUGGUGAGACCGGGAACACGAGGAAAACAUGUGAGAUGAGGUUGAUCAGGAGCAUAUCUCAUUUGUGCACAGUUUAGUGCACUAAAACCCUUCUCUCAUCACCUCUAUUUUCCCUUCUCUACCUCAUCUCCUGCCCCACGGAGUAGGAAACACAGUUUGUCUGCAGAAACCCUGCUGCAGCCAUGACUGACACUAAGUUUGCAACCAACCCUCGUUUUAUGGGAGCUGUACUCUUUAUUGCUUGUAAAUUAUUAAUGGGCCCUUUUAUCGGCAACCCGUGUGCAAAGGAGAAUUAAAUACCAUUCAUAAUGGGAAUGGGAGGCUGGCUGCAGACUUGCGUGUUAAUGGGAAGGCUUGGAUGAUAUGUGGGCAUGUUUUUCUCCUGAGACACAUCUGCCCAGCCCUGUAGGGGUAGAAGACAGCAUUGCUGUUGUAGGGAAGCAAGAGGGACAGGGAGAGGAUAGGUUGAGCGUGCCACAGGCUGGGCUUCCUCAUGUUUCUUCUAAUCCCCCAUUUUUCAGCUGCUUCCCUCUCCCCAGUGCUGAAGGUGCUCUAGUUCAGCCAAGGAGAAGCAUAGAAUCACCAAGGUUGGAAAAGUCCUCUAAGAUAAUGUAGUCCAGCUGUCCACCUACCACCCAUACUUCCCAUUAAACCAUGUCCCGAAGUACCACAUCUACAUGUUUCUUGAACACUUCCAGAGAUAGUGUUUACACCAUUUCCCUGUGCAGAUUGUUCCAGUGUCCAGCCACGCCUAGGGAGAAGAAAUUUUUCCCAAUAUCCAAAUUACAUGUUGAGAAGGUUACUUGGUGUCUGGCUGAGGUUCCUAGAGCUUCAAAUCCCUCUAUAUCCUGGUUAUCACAAAGUGAAAAGCCAACCAUCUUGUCCUUCUCAUGGACAAGGUUAAGUAUUUGAAGGAUAGAUGGUUUCCUGAGCCAUGCAAAAGGAAAAUGGGGGCUGUGGCUGUGGGAAUCUCUAUGGUGCAGGAGACCGGGCAGUGGGCUGGGGUCAACGGGAAAACCAAUGAGCCACCAGCACAUACAGACUCUAGAUCUCCAUAUCCUCCUCGCCCCUAUGAUUAGGGAACUGAUACUGCUAUGCACUUCUGAAGUUCCAAGUAAAGAUUAACUUGCUGAUCUUCAUGGGUCCCUUGUGAGGUGUUAUUUCAGGCUCUAAAACAGUUGUCUCUGUCUUUUAUGAGGACAAGAGUGAAAGGGGGGAGGAAAGAAAAAGAAUACUUUAACCUGCAGUCACUUAAAUGUAGAGCAAAGUCCCAGAUCUGCCCUGGAGCUGUGCAGCUAUGGAGGGGAUUGGUGUAAAGGGGCUCCAGCCAGGAGGUCCCCAGUGCUGUCCCCUCCAGGGGACCAGCCCAGGCAUCCCAGCACUGUCA